CCCGCGGCGCGUAGCGGAGCCCCUGGAAAGCUGGACUCGAGCGGACGCGCAGCGGCAGCUGGACUUGGCCCUGGGGUCCGUAUGGCGGACUUAGUUGCAGCGAAAGUGUACAUGUCUCAGCACUCCGCGCUCUGCGGCGUAGCCAGUGAGAGUCAGCAGCUGUGCGAGGCGCAGCUGCAGCCUCUGUCUUCGACUCUUAACGAACUUCCCCGCGGCCCCAGCCGCCCUCUUGACCCGCUGCCCGAGAGGGGUGGCUGA